GUGUGUUGACAAAAUAUAUUCAAGAGUUGAGGAGGACCAUGGAAUAAAUUAUAGUGAUAGGAUAUCCUCAGCUUUGUCCAACCCAGGCACAGGCAGUAGUCUCGGAUUAUUUGGCAUUUGGGUAUCCCUCUCAAUUCUCAAAGGUUAAAUUGUGAUGGUGGUGGUGGCAUAACAAAAUGAAGUUUGGGGUUGUUGGUAACAUCCUUUGGUUCAGAGCCCAACCAAACAGUGAACAAGAACCUGAGGCUGGUUUUGAUCUCAAAUGGGUGGCUGCUAAACCAUCAUCCACUAUCAACCGGCAGUUGAGAAGGCGUGCCCAACCACGCGCUCCUCCUCGUGACUUUUUGCGCUUCCGGCCUUAUGUUUCCAGGGUUCCAUGGCAUACUGGUGUUAGAGGGUUCCUUUCUCAGCUGUUUCCGAGAUACGGCCAUUAUUGUGGCCCUAAUUUUUCGAGUGGCAAGGAUGGUGGAUCUCCUGUUUGGGACCAGCGGCCCAUCGAUUGGUUGGAUUUCUGUUGCUACUGCCAUGACAUUGGCUAUGACACUCAUGAUCAGGCUGAGCUGCUCAAGGCUGAUUUAGCAUUUCUCGACUGCCUUGAGAAGCCUAAUAUGAGCACCAAAGGAGAUGCUGGCGUUGCUCUCCUUUAUAAGACAAUGUGCACCACAGGUCUCAGGAAUUUCCUUAUACCCUACAGAACUCACCUUGUGAAGCUGACAUCAAGACCACCAUUGAUUCAGUUUGGAUGGCUAAGCAAUGUUAGAUGGAGAGGUUGGAGUUUUCAGAAAACCUGAAAUGGAUCAUGAGCCUCAGAAUUGGUCACCAACAACACUCACAGAUGGUUUCUUUUCUAGUAUUUUAUGUAUUCAAGUUUUUUCUUUGCCAGAGGGAAACUAGUGGUUUUGAGUCUUAUUGGGCCUUUAUCGCUAAUGGAUGGAAUGUUGUUGGCGACUUACCUG